GUACCAGCCUCCACAAGCCUGCUGAUUUCAAGCACCUGCCUCUACAGUUGGUACAGAUGGCAUUGUCCCAGAUGACCACAGAGCUUCUCCUGGCCUCUGCCAUCUUCUGCCUGGUGCUCUGGGUGUUCAAGGCCUGGCAGCCUCGGGUUCCCAAAGGCCUGAAGAGUCCCCCGGGGCCCUGGGGCUGGCCCCUGCUGGGGAACAUGCUGACCUUGAGAAAGAACCCACAUCUGGCGCUGUCCAGGCUGAGCCAGCGUUAUGGGGACGUGCUGCAAAUCCACAUUGGCUCCACACCCGUGCUGGUGCUCAGCGGCCUGGACACCAUCCGGCAAGCCCUGGUGCAACAGGGUGAGGAUUUCAAGGGCCGGCCUGACCUCUACAGCUUCACUCUGAUUACUGAUGGCCAAAGCAUGUCCUUCAGCCCAGACUCUGGACCAGUGUGGGCUGCCCGCAGGCGCCUGGCCCAGAACGCCCUGAACAGUUUCUCCAUUGCCUCAGACCCGGGUUCCUCAUCCUCCUGCUACCUGGAAGAGCAUGUGAGCAAGGAGGCUGAGGCCCUCCUCAGCAGGUUGCUGGAACAGAUGGCAGAGGUUGGGCACUUUGACCCCUACAACCAAGUGCUGCUCUCAGUGGCCAAUGUCAUUGGUGCCAUGUGCUUUGGGCAGCACUUCCCUCAGCGCAAUGAGGAAAUGCUCAGCCUUAUAAAGAGCAGCAAAGAUUUUGUGGAGACUGCCUCCUCCGGGAACCCUGUGGACUUCUUCCCCAUCCUGCAAUGUAUGCCCAACCCCACCUUGCAGAGAUUCAAGGCCUUUAACCAGAAGUUACUGCAGUUCCUGCAGAAAAUUGUGCAGGAGCACUACCAGGACUUUGACGAGAGCAGCAUCCAGGACAUCACAGGCGCCCUCUUAAAGCACAAUGAGAAGGGCUCCAGAGCUGGUGGUGGCCACAUCCCCCAUGAGAAGAUCGUCAACCUUAUCUAUGACAUUUUUGGGGCAGGAUUUGACACCAUCACAACGGCCAUCUCCUGGAGCCUCAUAUACCUUGUGACAAACCCCGAGAUACAGAGAAAGAUCCAGGAGGAGUUGGACACAGUGACUGGCAGGGCCCGGCAGCCCCGGCUCUCCGACAGACCCCAGCUGCCCUAUAUGGAGGCCUUCAUCCUGGAGAUCUUCCGACACACCUCCUUCGUCCCCUUCACCAUCCCGCACAGCACGACAAGGGACACGACACUGAAAGGCUUCUACAUCCCCAAGGAACGCUGUGUCUUCAUAAACCAGUGGCACGUCAAUCAUGACCAAAAGGUGUGGGGUGAUCCAUUUGAGUUCCGACCAGAGCGAUUCUUCACUGCUGAUGGCACCUCAAUCAACAAGACCUUGAGCGAGAAGGUGAUGAUCUUUGGCAUGGGCAAGCGCCGGUGCAUAGGGGAGGUCCUGGCCAAGUGGGAGAUCUUCCUCUUCCUAGCCAUCUUGCUGCAGCAGCUGGAGUUCAGUGUGCCAGCAGGUGUGACAGUAGACCUAACCCCCAUCUAUGGGCUGACCAUGAAGCACACCCACUGUGAGCAUGUCCAGGCACGGCCACGCUUCUUCACCGAGUGAAGGCAUCGACAUGCCAAAGCAGAGGGAGGGGUAAGGAUCACCCAUGGGGCCUCAGCCCUUGUUUUUAUCCUUUUCUUAAAUAAAAGCUUUAUGGAGGCAUAAUAU